CACACGGUCGCCCCAGUGUCUGAGCAGCAGUCACGAACGACGGACGUAGAGCGCCGAAAUUUUGGAUCCGUUCGGUUAAAACAUAUCUUUUGGAUGCGUGCCGACCGUUGCGUGGUUUAGUUUCGGGCCCGGCAAUUAACACAGCCAAUAACGUUUUAUGCAAAUCGCAGAUAUCGAAACAGUGUAAAUAACAAGCAUAAAUGUCAAAUCGAAAGGGUGGAACCCACCCCACCGGUUACGACCUUGAACUCGUCAGCCCGGACGGAUGUCAGUUUUCCCAAACCGAAACACACACUCCCAACGACUCUGAGCCAUGGGUUAAUUAGAAUACCUAUCCGAGAACGCGCACAAAAAGGUGUUAAUUUCGUUGCCACGCACAUGAAAGUAAGCAAAUGUGAAGUAAAAGCUUUCGAUGGUCAAGAAAAACAAUAAUUGUGUACAAGUUAUGUGCGAUAAAUCUGUUUAAUAGGAACAAUUUCUGUACAACGAUAAACAUAACAUGCCAACAUGGAGCUGAUUAAGAAAUACAAACAGGGGAAGCUAACCACCAGCGAUAUUCGCAAUCUAAAUCACACCGUAAUAUGUCUGAUGGUCCUCGUGGCAGUGUUCUCCAUUCUGUGGAGUAUUUCGCUGCACAUGAUAUCGGGCGAUCUGAACGAGGGAAUUGUUAGUGCCAAACUCAUCUUCCGGGAGCGCAAUAUGGAUCAAUUAACUGAUCAUAGCAAAGAGAUACUUCAUAAGGACUUUAUCGAAGCCACGCAGAAUGCCUAUGGGCGAAAGUACUCCGUGCAGGAUGUCACGCCCGAUUCGCUGCAAGGCGAGAGCCAAUCCACAAAGCCAGUGUAUAAGAUACCGCAUAUCUUCGAUUCCAUUGAGAACAGACCUAAACUGGAGCGCCUCAUGGCGGAAAUGAAGGAGGAGUCGAUCACAAGCACCACGGCUGCGCCUCCAAAGAUCACCUUCAAUGCUGAGGCAGAUCGUCACUUCCUGAGCACAAUGUCCAUCGAUAUUUACUCCACCAGUUGGAAUCAAGGCAUUGGAGCUCAAUUCGUCUAUUCAUUUCCCCUCAUAUCUGAGAUAGUGGCCAUCAUCUGGACAGCCAUGUGUCUGAUCUUCCAGACAGGCAGCAAAAAGAGCUCUGUUCUGCCAAAACCCUGGCGCAUUGUAGUGCCCUCCAUCAUUAUUUUUUCGGUGAUGAGUCUGGGCAGCGUGAUCUAUACCAUCCUAACCAAUGGCCACCUUAAGCGUUUGUGUGGCCAGCUCAGGGGGAACCUCACAGAUCCCACUGCCAUCAGUUGUGGCGAUGCCAUCGCCCUGCUGCGUCCCAUCGUCCAUGACCACAAUGUGUCCCACGAUACGUAUCUGGAGCUCUUCCGCGCCAGCUACAUCAUUGGAAUGGUGCUGUGGAUCAUCGCUUUGCUGGUCAUGGUGCUGAGAUUCAUCUUUGCCGUGGACUUCCAGCUGGUGGACAUCGACGAGAUGUUCGAUAAUGAUCGGUACGGGUCUCCACAAGUCCAAAUCCAGCCGGUUUACACGGAGGUAGUGCAGCAGAGCAGUCCGCAGCACCAGACGCAGAUGCGUCCCAGGUCGGAGGAUGACUAUCAGAGUGCCAGGUCGCGUUUGAGCGAUCUUGCAGUGCCACUGCUGGAGGUGCAGAGCCAGUCCCAGGUUCCGCCCCCUAACGUGGCCUAAUCCCUCGGCUGGCCCAAGGUUCAGCAAUCUCAGGUUUAUUUUUAUACGAUGUGUUAGUGUUUAGUAGAUGAUGCCUAAGUAAUAUUAUAUCAACUAACUGGGUUAUAACUAGUAUAUGUCUUACGGACUCUCCAGUAGAGAGACCUUAAUCAAUCGAUAUUUAAUUGAUAUUUUUCGUGCCUCGAUAUCGUAUCCGCAAAUGAGGCGGAGAUAUAGUAGAAUCAAAAUUUAA